GAUUUCAAUCUCAGAUUUCACAAACCCUCCUCAUUUCAAUUCGUCUUCAAUUCAAUUUCGUUCCCAAUUUCACAAGCCUAAUAAUUCAUCAUGGCCGCGCCGCCGUCGAACAAGUCCCCAAUCGCCACCCGAGCGAGCCCUAAUUCCCGAAGCUCCGAAAUCGCCAACCCCGUCCGGCGAAGCUUCACCGGAAACCCAUUCGCCAAGCCUUCAAUCGUCGCUAAUUCAGAGACUCCUCCUCCACGGCGGAGCUCCAUGGGGAGAGAGACGGUGGUUACUUUCUCGGAGGACAAAGAAAACGGGAAAGAUUCGAGUUGGAAACAAAUCCGGGUCCGGUCGCCGGCGGCGAAGAAUUUCAUGUCGCCGACCAUCUCCGCCGCCUCAAAGAUCAACGCUUCUCCGAGAAAGAAGAUCUUGACCGAGAGGAACGAGCCCGUCCGGACUUCUUCUUCUUCUUCUUCUUCUUCCGAGUUCAAAAUCAAAAGCGUGUCCUUUGCUCCGGUACCGGUGGAAUAUUCCGAUCACAAGGAGGAGGUGGGCCCCACAACCCCUAAGCCUCCGAAACCCUUAACUGGGGUUGAAGCAAUGGUGGGGCCAGUUGAAUGCCCUGAACCUGUUUGUGAAAAUGCCUCAGAGGAACAACCUGACUGUGUGAAUCUUGACCCGAGUUUCAAGAUUAGUCCUCCGGCAGCGGUGGCGUUUUCGGGUUCGGGUCAUCGGGUCAUUGCGCCGCUGGAUGCUGACCCAUCUGCUCCUCCUCCUUAUGAUCCCAAGACCAAUUACCUUUCUCCCAGGCCACAGUUUCUUCAUUACAGGCCAAACCCAAGAGUUGAGUAUUAUCUGAGUAAGGAUGGUGAGGGCAAGAGGCUUGAGGAGAGCUUUUCGGAUACUGAGGAAACACGGUCGGAUUAUUCUCCAAAGGAAGUAGAAGAUGUUACUUCCCCUGCUGAAGUGGUAAAGGAGGAGGAGGAAGAAGAAGAAGCAAAAGAGGAGGAGGUACCUGUUUUGGAACCAAUGCCCACCAUCAUCAGUCCCAGCACUAAGUCUAUGCCAAAGGAGGAGGAGGCUGUUGAAGUAGAAACGUCCAGCAAGCCACGCUUCUCGUGGAGAUCAAAGCUCACUGCUUUGAUAAUGGUUUUGGCAGUUGCGCUUUUCGCGGUUUUGGGUGUUGAAGUGAAUGUUCAGGUUUGGUCUGCAAGCUCUGUGUCUUUUGUUUCUGAGUUCGUUUCCAAUAUCAGAGGUGCCAAGAAUUUGGGCCCAUUGCAAUAUUAUAACCUCACCUUGAUGGAAGAUGCUUGGGUUAAUGAGUAUCCUGUGUUCGAUCAAUGUAACAAAGAAAUGGAAGAAAUGGGUGAGUUUGAUGUGUUUGGAAAUGUAAUGGGAAGUGUGUUUGAGGUUGAAGCUUCGGAAGAAAAGGGUCUGCAAGAGAUUGGAGCAGCUGAAUAUGAAGAACCAAUUGAUCAGGAGGCUGGUCUGGCAGAGAUUGGAGCAGCUGAAUAUGCAGAACCAAGUUAUCAGGAGGCUGAAGUACCACAGAUUGAAUGCUUGGAAGAGAACCAGCCAGAGAUUGGAGCCGACGAUGUGGAGGAACAUGUUGAGCAAGGGAAUGAACAAGUUGAGAAUAUUGAAGCCUUAGAAGAAGAAAUGAGAUUUUCAGUGAUCAGAGCAACUGAGAACCUCGUUGAAGUACAUACUGAUCCAGAAUUUGAGGAAAAGGCUGAAUCAACCAACAUGGAAGAGGUUUCACUGGAAAAGAAUUCUUAUGAAGAUGUGGAAGCACUUCAGGCUACACAGGCUAUAACUGAAGAAAAUAUUGUUGUUGAUCAUGUACAUUCCGAGCCAGAAAGUAUUGCAAGCAUUAAGGAGGAGAUUGUAAGCUCAGAAGUAUUGAAUCUCACAGCUGAGGGGGCUGACAGUAUGGUUUCCAUGGUGAAUGUGCUGGGAAUUGCUUUCUUGGUUCUCACAUUGGUCGGAUUCACAGCCAUCAUCUACAUGAAGAAACGAGAGAACUCACCUUCAAAUCCUGCAAACUAUGCUGUUCAACCAUUGGUGACCGAGAAAUUAGCUGCAAGUCCCAUUGUUCCAAUUAGCACUGAGCACACCUACUGUCCUUCUGAAAUGAGUAGCUUCCAGACGAGUUCAGGGUACCGCUCAAAAGGACUAAAGGCAUCAGAUGAAGUAGAAAGCCAGGAGAAGAGGGCCAGGAAGAACAACAGGAGAGACUCCAUGGCUUCAAUUGACUCCUCAAUGGGGUCGCCAUCUUAUGGGAGUUUUACAACAUAUGAGAGAAUUCCAAUUAAGAAGGGAUAUGGAGAAGAAGAGAUUGUAACUCCUGUUAGGCGCUCGAGCAGAAUUACUAGGAAAGUCACUUCUCCUUGAUGAAUUAGUGCAAGUCAUCUAUCUCUUUUAUCCAUCGCACUGCUCUGCACUACUUCAUCUGGUUCAUGAAGGAACCAUUGUUUAGUUUGACUGAUUGUUAUUGUUUGAUAACUUGUAUUAGGGUUUGACUGACAAUGUCUACGGUUAGGAGUUUAUUAGUACUAAUUCAGUAGUUGAAUGACAUUGUAAUCUCCUGCCAUUUUCUAAUGGUUCCUGUUUGUAAUAACAGUCUUGUUUCGUCUUCCACACUUGUCAUGUUCA